AUGUUGAUGUCGUCAACAAUUCCUGUCAAAGGUGAUUAUCGUGUUGACAAACUUACACAUCGUCGUUCUAUCUAUGAUGGAAUGAAAUGGUGUCGAUUAUGUGUAAAAGAAAAUUGCCCUAAAAAGUAUUCUAUUGAUGGAUUUUGUGGUGCUCAUUUUCGUGAAGAAGAAGAGAGAAGAAAUAUGAAUUCUAUCUUACCAACAACUCGUCGAAGUCAGCGAUUAUUUGAAGAAAAACAAAUUGAACAUUAUGAAAAAGAUAACAAGAAAAUGACAACAUCCAGUAAUAAAAGAAAAAUUGAAGAUGAUGAUAGUGCAACAAUACCAAUGGAAUCAGAAACAUCUUUAUCGGCGACAUCAUUCAAAGCUGGCAAUAUUCGAUUCAAUUAUGAAGAUCAAAAUAUUAAGUAUCACGGAAAACAAUGGCUUGUAUCGUGUAUCAAAGAUAAUUGUAAAAAGAAGCAACAUAAAUACGGUCUCUGUUUCGUACAUUUUAAAGCAAAACAACAAAUUGAAGAUAAAAAAAAUGUUGCAAAAAGAGUUCGUCAGCAACGUGUACAGAAGAAGAAGUACAAAUAUUCGUGUCAAAAAGUUGAUAAUGCUGAAACAACUUUCGGCACUACAGCAACAUUGUUGAAUGCUACACUUCAUCCACAAGAUGAACAACAUGGGAAUAUACAACAAGAAACAACAAAAAUGACCACGUUAAUAAAUCAUUUAAUGGCAAUGCCCAUUGUACUCGACAAUGAUGAUGAAACAGCUACAAUUUUAUCUAAAAUCAAGAGAAGUGCAAGUAGUGAAAUAUUAAAUGGUAUGUACGUGUUAUGCAUAAACCACUAUAGGUUUGAAAAAACCAAUAGCCGUUUUAAAAUACAGGAUCCCAUCACUCUAUUGCGAGAAAACCUUUUUUUAUUUUACAUUCGAUUUUAACAUAAAUUCCACUAAAUAUACACAAGAUCGAAGGAUGUUCGAAAAAAAAUAAUUUUCGACUCUCCCAAAAUUCAAGAAAACAAGAGGUAAAAUAUAUUCUGCAGAUAUUACAAAAGAAAUUUUACACAUUACGAAUUGUCAAGAUAGUUUUAAAUCGAAGAAAAUACGUAACCGCAUCGAAUGUUUCUUACCUAUUUCAUUCUUUUAUCGCGUUUGAAAGUAAAAGACUGUGGAAAUCUGCGAUAGACUUUCAGAAAACAUGAAUUUUUAGAUCAAUAUUUGAAAAUUUACUGCCAAUAUUUGAUAUAGUUUCUUUCUUCUCCUUCGAACAAAAUAUAUUCUCAUUCUACAAUUCAUAAGGAAUUGCAUAAGGAAGAAUUCUAUGACACACUUUGUAUCCUUAAUUAAAAAGAAUAUAUCCAUUUUAACUAGUUAAAACUAGGCAGGCACCAGUUUUUAACUGGUGUUUGGGGCAUCCGGGAGAAUUGCUACAAAUCAGUUAUCACGAUUCUCUGAGAGCUGUAAAACAUCUAAUUUUGUAAAAAAAUGUUUACUCUACAAAAUGCAUUUGUUAAAAGAAUUCCAGAAUCAUUUCUAAGAA